AGAGAGCGAAGUCGUCCCCAGCCGGCCACAUGUCAGUCAGUCAGACGUGGCUCAUUCUACCGCCUCCUCCUCCUGCCCCAGGCCUGCCCAAUAUUUGACCUUUUUUUACAGUUUUUUUCAAGGUGAGAGAGAUUUAUAGAGCGAGAGGGAGGCAGGAUGGAGGACGCCCACAUUUACUCCUACGAGGACGUCCUGACACAGUUCGCAGUGGAGGCCGAGGUUGGGCUCACAGACGCACAGGUUGCCAAUAGUCAGGAGAAGUAUGGCCCUAAUGAGUUACCGGCGGAGGAGGGCAAGUCGUUACUGCAGCUUGUUCUGGAGCAAUUCGACGACCUGCUGGUGAAAAUUCUCCUCAUGGCCGCCAUCAUCUCCUUCGUUUUGGCGUGCUUUGAAGAGUCUGAGAAUUCUGUCACUGCGUUUGUGGAGCCAUUUGUCAUCCUGCUCAUCCUCAUUGCAAACGCCAUUGUCGGGGUGUGGCAGGAGAGGAACGCAGAGUCAGCCAUCGAGGCACUGAAGGAGUACGAACCAGAGAUGGGCAAGGUGAUCCGUGCCAACAAGACCGGCGUGCAGAAGAUCAGAGCCAGGGAGAUUGUGCCCGGCGACAUCAUUGAAGUGGCAGUGGGUGACAAGAUCCCAGCCGACAUCCGCCUCAUCAAAAUUUAUUCCACCACUCUCCGUGUAGACCAGUCCAUCCUCACUGGCGAGUCGGUAUCUGUUAUCAAGCACACUGAUAUUGUUCCCGACUCUAAGGCUGUCAAUCAGGACAAGAAGAACAUCCUUUUCUCCGGCACCAAUGUAGCGACAGGCAAGGCGCUGGGCAUCGUGGUGGGCACCGGGCUGGGCACUGCCAUCGGCAGGAUCCGCACAGAGAUGGCCGAGACCGAGGAGAUCAAGACACCGCUGCAGCAGAAGCUGGACGAGUUUGGCGAGCAGCUGUCCAAGGUGAUCUCCAUCAUCUGUGUGGCUGUGUGGGCCAUCAACAUUGGCCACUUCAACGACCCGGCCCACGGCGGCUCCUGGAUGAAGGGCGCCAUCUAUUACUUCAAGAUUGCGGUGGCCCUGGCUGUGGCUGCCAUCCCUGAAGGUCUACCGGCCGUCAUCACCACCUGCCUGGCCCUGGGCACGCGGCGCAUGGCCAAGAAGAAUGCCAUCGUGCGGUCCCUGCCCUCCGUGGAGACCCUGGGCUGCACCUCUGUCAUCUGUUCCGACAAGACCGGCACCCUCACCACCAACAUGAUGUCCGUGUCCCGCAUGUUCAUCAUGGACAAGGUGGAGGGCAACGACUGCAGCCUGCUGGAGUUUGAGGUGAGUGGGUCCACAUAUGAACCCAUCGGUGAUGUGUACCUGCGUGGUGCGCGGGUGAGGGGCAGCAACUAUGAGGGUCUGCAGGAGCUGGCCACGGUGUCCUGCCUGUGCAACGACUCCUCGGUGGACUACAAUGAGUUCAAGGGCAUCUUUGAGAAGGUGGGCGAGGCCACAGAGACGGCCCUCAUUGUGCUGGCUGAGAAGCUCAACCCCUUCAAUGUGGCCAAGGCCGGGGUGGACCGCCGUGCUGCCGCCACGCUCUGCAAGCGCGACCUGGAGCAGCGUUGGAGGAAGGAGUUCACGCUGGAGUUCUCCCGCGACCGCAAGUCCAUGUCAUCGUUCUGCACGCCCCUCAAGCCCACCCGCCUGGGCAACAGCCCCAAGAUGUUCUGCAAGGGUGCCCCCGAGGGCGUGCUGGACCGUUGCACCCACGUGCGCGUUGGCACUCAGAAGGUGCCACUCACUGCUGCCAUCAAGGACAAGAUACUGGCUGUCACCAGGGACUAUGGCUGCGGCCGCGACACCCUGCGCUGCCUGGCCCUGGCCACCCGCGACAAUCCCCCUGCCCCGGCCCAGAUGGACCUGCAGGACCCCGCCAAGUUCCACUCCUACGAGGUGGACAUGACCUUCGUGGGCGUGGUGGGCAUGCUGGACCCACCCAGGAAGGAGGUGCGCGACUCCAUCCGUCGGUGCCGGGCAGCUGGCAUCCGUGUCAUCGUGGUGACUGGUGACAACAAGGCCACGGCGGAGGCCAUCUGCCGCCGCAUCGGCAUCUUUGGGGACGAGGAGGACACCCACGGCCUGUCCUACUCUGGCCGGGAGUUUGACGAGUUGAGUGUGGCAGAGCAGCGGUCCGCCUGCAUGCGUGCCCGUCUCUUCUCCCGUGUGGAGCCCUUCCACAAGUCCAAGAUUGUGGAGUACCUGCAGGCAGAGAAUGAGAUCUCAGCCAUGACCGGCGACGGUGUGAACGACGCGCCAGCCCUGAAGAAGGCGGAGAUUGGUAUUGCCAUGGGGUCCGGCACUGCUGUGGCCAAGUCUGCCUCCGAGAUGGUGCUUGCGGACGACAACUUCUCGUCCAUUGUGGCGGCGGUGGAGGAGGGCCGAGCCAUCUACAACAACAUGAAGCAGUUCAUCCGCUACCUCAUCUCCUCAAACAUCGGCGAGGUGGUCUCCAUCUUCCUGACGGCUGCCCUGGGCCUGCCCGAGGCGCUCAUCCCCGUGCAGCUACUGUGGGUGAACCUGGUGACAGACGGGCUGCCGGCCACUGCCCUGGGCUUCAACCCGCCUGACGUGGACAUUAUGCUGCACAAGCCACGCAAGGGAGACGAGUCCCUCAUCUCUGGCUGGCUCUUCUUCCGCUACAUGGCCAUCGGCUUCUACGUGGGCGUGGCCACCGUGUUUGCCGCCUCCUGGUGGUUCAUGUACGACCCAACCGGCCCACAGCUCAACUACUACCAGCUGUCCCACCACCUCUCCUGCCCCACCGACCCACAAAACUUCAAGGGCCUGGACUGUGCCGUGUUCAGCCACCCGGCCCCCAUGACCAUGGCGCUGUCUGUCCUCGUCACCAUCGAGAUGCUCAAUGCUCUCAAUAGUCUGUCUGAGAACCAGUCCCUGCUGGUGAUGCCUCCCUGGUAUAAUGGGUGGCUGCUGGCUGCCAUGACCCUCUCCAUGGUGCUGCACUUCUUCAUCCUCUACUUCAACAUUCUGGCGGUGGUGUUUCAAGUGCAGCCGUUGUCAGUGGGUCAGUGGGUGGCCGUCCUCAAGAUAUCAUUCCCCGUUAUCCUGCUGGACGAGACGUUUAAACUGGUGGCUCGACAGAUUACCCUGGGCCACAACCCUCUCCUCUGCUGCCACUGGAUCGUGCUGGCCUGGGGCGCCUACCUGGCCUACAUCAAGGUGUAUUUCUUUUAACCUCCACUUGAUAAUUGCUAGGCAUGUGUCUGAAAUGUAUAUCUGGCAGUUUUUUGCAGGCUGGGAUGUGUUUCUUGGCAUUUUUUUGGGGUAUGGCCCUCGUGGGUUUUAUAUUGUGGCCUGGGGGUGUGUGGUCACUUAGGGAUGGGUAGGGCAGUGUCAGGGUGUGUGGCUGGACUGUGUGGCCAUGGUGUGCUGUAUCUGACAUGGCCCUGUUUGUCGUGGCCGGUUUUUGGUUCUUGGCCAAUGUGACGCCGGCCUCCAAGGCUGAGAGAGGGAUAUGACUGCCCUGUGUGUGUGUGUGUGUGUGUGUGUGUGUGUGAGAGAGAGAGAGAGAGAGAGAGAGAGGGUCUGGGUAGUUAGGAAAGACAAUUUACAUAACCACAAUAUACAUACAUACAUACAUAGAUGUUUUGUGAUGUUAGCCAAGUGUUCCCCUUCAAACAUCCCCCCACCCAUCCCCCAGCCCCUUCUCAUGUAUUUCUCCCCCUUCCCUUCCCCCUUACUGAUAUGACCAAGUAUUACCAACACGGGGGUGGGGGGGGGAAUCUCACCACACACUAGCUAGACACUGACACAAAGGAAACUAGUGAAGUAUUUUGACUGUUGACACACACACACACACACACACACAUACCUUUGCAUUUUUUUCACUCCUUUUGUCAUCAGCAGGAAGGGAAGGAAGGCAGACUGAAAAGGAACACAGUGAACAGCAUAAUACCACUACAUUCUGAAACAUUUGCAUUUAUUUUGGGAGUUGUGGCCUUUCUUUAUGUCUCCCCAAAACGUGACACUUAAAUUAACUUGUUCCUUUAAAAUAUAGAUGAUUUAUAGACUUGUUCAUCCUUUUCUUUGCCUCUCAAACAACAGAUAGACACUUAUAGACUUGUUCAUCAUCCUUUUUAACACUUAGAUUAACUUGUACAUCCUUUUUUAAAACCAAACUAGCCAAGACAAACAUAAAAACUUGGGUCUGUACGUUUCAAACACCACAGACUACUAUCAAUACAUCUUUCAUUUUCACACCAACAAUACAACCACCACCACCAUCACUACCAACCACUAAAACCAUCACUUUCACCACUCUAGUACCACUACCAACACCUUGAUCUCCCACCCCACAACACCAACACAACACUACUAAAACAUGUCUAUAUUUUCUAAACCCCACAAACUGAUCACCCCAAAACACCAAUUUAUAGAUUAAUUACCACCAUAACACCAGAACAAUCUAAUAUAAGUGUUUACCUCUCUAAGUCAACAUUUCCUUAUUAUUUCAUCUUCAUUUCUCACCACAAGUAAGAAAAAACACUUUAUUUCUACCUUACAGCUUGUCAGGCUAUGUGUAUUGGUGGUGCAGGGACUCAGUAACAGGGUUUGGGUGAGUUUAGUGUCUGAUCUAAGUUUUGAGGGCUUAUGAGUGACAGUGAGUAGGGUAAGUAGGGAAGCUUAGAUAGGGCUCAGGGAGGAGAGACAGAAUGUUUGGCUGGAUUUGGUUAUAUAAGCUUAUGGACCUAAACUGUGUCAGGGAAAGGGGGAAUGUUUGGCUGUUUACAAGCUUAUAUGUAAAUUUUGUUAGGGUAAAGCCAGGAGUAAGAAAAAAAUAAGGGUUUAGGGAUAUAAAAAGAGGGAAAAGGUUUGUUAGACUGUCUGUGAGCUUACGGACCUAAAUUUUGUCAGUAAUAUGAAAAGAGGAAAGAUUUAGCUACACUGUUUAUAAGCUUUGUGUGGACCUAAAUUUUGUCAGGGAAUGGCCAGAGGGAGGACAGAUAAACGUUUAGGGACAAGGAAAGAAAUAAAAAAUUGACUCUGACUGUUUAUAAGCUUCCAGACUUGAAUUAUGUCAGUGAAAGGCCAGGAAUAAGAAAAAUAAGCAUUUAAAGACAAGGAAAGACAGAAAAAGUUUAGAGUGAUCAAUUAUAAAAGAGAAAAGGAGGCAUUUCAGAGCACAGAUCUUGAGUGAUGGAGGUUGUCUGUCUGUCUGUCUGUCUGUCUGUGUAGCACCUUGUCACAGUGUUGAGAGAGGGAUAGAGUUGUGUUUUCACCCACACCACUACAACCCUAGCCGGUAACACUGUCUUGUGCAUUGAUAUUUAAUUGAUUGUUCACCUCAUCUUGUCCAGCCUCAUUUCUGCAUCGCUGUAUUGUCGCACUUACAAAGGCUCUAAGGCUCUAGGUUAAAGGAAGCUGUCAGUGUGUGUGUGUGUGUUUAAGGAAAGGUUCACUUGUACACUUCAUCUCAUAUUUAAACCUCAUUUGCACCUCUGUACUCUGCAAAACCUGUGUCACACCUCUUACUUUCCAAAGGCUCUAGUUGAAAGUGUGUGUGUGUGUGUGUGUGUGGGGUUCUAAGGAAAGGUUUACAAGUACACUUCAUCUCAUUGUCAAGACUCAUUCACACCUAUGUACUCCAGCCACACUUACAAAAGGUUCUAGUUGAAGACGUGUGUGGGUUUUUGAAGUGUCUAGGUCCAAGGAGAGGCUGGCAAGAUUUUGUGUGUGUGUGGGUGGGUGAGGUUUGGCAGGGUUUAGUUGUGGUAUGCAACUUUUUCUCACCCUCAUGUUCUCUAAAAGCUAGCAAUAUCAUCUUCACCACUGUUUAUAAUCUACACAUACACACACACACCUCUUUAAAGUAUUAUUUGUUGAUCUUUAGUACUCAGGUCACAUGGGUUGGGAGUGGGGCUGGGUUAGGCUGGGUUAUUGAUGUAAGAAGGAAAGGGGAAACUAAAGUAAUGGGGGUUUGUAUGUUUAUCCCCUGGUUUUUUAGUGAUUAGGAGGAAAAGGAGAGUAAAGUAAUGGGGGGUUUGCUUGUUUAGUGUUUAGUGUUAGGUGAGGAUCAAGGUUAUUGGUGCAAGGAGGGAAGGGAGACUGAAAGAAGGGCGGGUUUGUAUGUUUAUUUAUGCUUUUUAUGGAGACUAGUGUAGGAAAGAGAACUAAAAUAACACGGUCUGUAUUUCUCUGUAGGGUUAUUGUUCUUUUUCAGCGAGUAGGGGAGGAAAAAAUAGUCAAAUAAUGGGGUUUUCACAUUUAUUUACCUUUUUUUAUUCAGUAACUAGUGGAGGAAAGGGAGUAAAGUAAUGGGUCUGUACUUUUCUGUAAUGCUUUUGUUUGGUUUUCAGUAAUGAAGGGAGAAAAAAUAGUGAAAUAGCAGGGCUUGGAUGUUUGUGACGAGGGACAAUCUGAGGUUAUCUGUAGGGAGGGAACAGUCAGUGUAGUGCAGGGAGUGAGUGCGUGUGGUGAGGUGAAGUGCGGUGUUGUAAUGCAGGGAGUGAGUACGUGUGGUGAGGUGAACUGUGAUGAGAUGUGACUGUUUGAGACGAGUGUUUUAUUACUCUAUUGUUGAGAUGGGUUUGUUUCUUAGUGUACUCUUUUUCACUUGAUAUUGGGUGACUUAUGAAGAUUUUACCUGCCAUUUAGUCAUAGAGCGGACAUGGAAA